AAAACAGAGAGACAAACACAGACACACACACUUUGGCAAGGGCUGAACCACUUUUUUGCGUACAAAAAGUCACCGAGUGAACAGUACAAGGAAAUUAUUGAUUUUUUUCGCAUAAAACAUAUUCAUAAUUAAAGACUAAAAAUAUAGUGCAAGUGAUUUCUUUAGUUAAAUUAAUUUGCAGUGUGUAUGUGUAUGUUUAAUUAAUUAAAAAUGAUUUAAACAAUUAAAAGGCAAUUAAAAGAGAUUAGUUUGCCAUAUUUUCCUGUUCCGGAAGAACUCAUUUUUAGCUCAUAAUGGCUGACAGUGAAUUCGAGGAAUUUCAUCGUCCAAUAUUUGAAGCACACACAAUACAAUAUACCAAUAGUACCGUUAGUGGUGCCAAAAAACCCAAUCCUCAUACAUUUUACUCUUUAAUACCCAAUGAUGAACUGGAGGAUUCGCCUUCUUCGAAAAGUGACACCUCAGACCAGGAGGACAAUGGCGAUUGCAAUAAAAACAACAGACAAGUGGAAGAUGAUGAAAUUGGCGAUGGUUUAAAGGUGGUGUCAUUGUCAUCGGAUGGUUCCUUGGAUACCAAUGAUUCAUUUAAUUCACACCAUCAUCAUCCAUUAAACCAUCAAGAUGCUAUUGGUGGUUUGGUGGGUAUAGGCUCCAGCAAUACACACAAUGGCUCGCAUCAAGUAAACCUCUCGACUCACAGUUUACCCAUUGGCAUAUUGAAUAAUCAGCAGACGCAACAGCAACAAAGACGUCGCCGAAAGUUGCCCGAAAUUCCCAAGAAUAAAAAAUCUUCCAUUCUGCAUCUUUUAGGUGGUGGUGUUGGUGCUGGUGGCAAUGGCUUUGAACAGUCUUCAUUGGCUGAUGAGAUGUCCAAUGGUCAGGGUGUUGGUCGCAAUCGAGGAAUGACUGGUCCCCAGGGACGGCAUAAUCAACGAUCUUUUUUGACGCUCAAACAUAGUUACCUUCUAGACGAGGACUCUAGUCCCGAUUCGGAACGUUUACAAAGCUUGGGCGAUGUUGACAGUGGUCAUAGUACUGCUCAUUCUCCAAAUGAUUUCAAGAGCAUGUCUCCACAAAUUACUUCUCCUGUAUCGGAAUCUCCCAUUCCACAACCCUUCGGUGGGGUGCCUUUUGCCCAUCUUGAAAUGCUAGAGGCCACACACAGGGGUCUGCACAAAUUUAUACCACGUCAUCAUGAUGAGAUCGAAAUAGAAAUUGGUGAUCCAGUGUAUGUACAAAAGGAGGCCGAUGAUUUAUGGUGUGAGGGAGUUAAUUUAAGAACUGGCCGUCAGGGCAUUUUUCCAUCAGCAUAUGCCGUUGACUUGGACUAUAAUGAGUUUGAUCCAACCGUGCAGCAGGUUAAGAAAGAACGUUAUCUCUUGGGUUAUCUUGGUUCGGUGGAGACAUUAGCUCAUAAAGGCACUGGGGUGGUUUGUCAAGCGGUGCGUAAAAUUGUGGGUGAAUAUGGUAAUUCGCCCACAGGUCAAGUAUGCAUUUUGGAAAUAUCUGAUCAAGGUUUACGCAUGGUAGAUCGUUCCGGACCGAAUCAGAAUAAAAAGGAUAAGAAACCUUGUAUUGAUUAUUUUUACUCGCUCAAGAACGUAUCUUUUUGUGCGUUUCAUCCAAGGGAUCAUCGUUUCAUUGGAUUCAUAACCAAACAUCCAACGGUACAACGUUUUGCAUGUCAUGUUUUUAAAGGUUCUGAAUCAACUAGACCUGUGGCAGAGGCUGUGGGACGUGCAUUCCAACGUUUCUAUCAAAAAUUCAUUGAGACGGCUUAUCCCAUUGAAGACAUCUAUAUUGAAUAAAUUUACAUAUAACCCAUAUCGAGGGUCUCUAAUAAGAAUAUAUAUAUAAAUAGCUACAUAUAUAUGUGUAUAUAAUAAAUAUAUAGGUACGAACAAAAACAAAAAAAAAACAAAAAUACUUUCAAAUCUUAAAGAAAAAAAAGAAAAAUGUUGUCUUCGCCUCUAAAUAAAAUACACAGUCGAAAUGAAUAAAUUUGAAAUACAAGUUAAAUAAAUGGCAGAAAGGAUUUCCAUAUCCUUAACAACCAUUCGACUAUACUUAAUAACUUUUAUUCAAAUAAACUACAAACAAAUAAAGUCUUAAAGUAUUAUUUAUUAGUUUAACUUAAAAUACACACAUACAUAUUUAAUCUUAAAAGAAAACAACAAAACAAAAGAAAAUAAGCGAAUUUCUUUACAGUUUCGAAAAAAAUGCAAAUUAUCGAGUGACAUAAAAUCAAAAACAGAAAUAAUUUAAAAAACUUUGCAAUUAGUUGAACUACAAUACACUACAAUAGCAACAAACUACAAUAACAACAAUUAAGAAAAUGUAUCCAAAUAUUGUUCGUAUUAAUUUUGAAUUAAUUUAAAAGAAAAAAGAACGAAACUAAAAAAAGAAAAGAUAAUAAAGAUUCAUUAUGACAAUC